AUGUCUGUUAGUAACCUUGCCUGGCAGACUGCGGAUUGUGCGACCGAGGUGAUUUGUCAUUUGCAGUUCGUUUUACGGUACGGAGCACAUACAUACAGUACAGAGUUUACUUGCCGUAAUUUAGGGAGUUGCAUCGAUGCCGUGGGCCGGCCUAUAGGGACGGACAAGUGUUACAAUCAUCACAUCACCACAUCACCGCAGUCUGUCAACUGA